GUUAUUUGUAAUCUAGUCCCCGUUGUUGGGGGAGCGGGCGGGUUAGGGGUUUUUUGUUGCUUUGUUUUGCUUGUCGUGGUGUUUUGCUGGUAUGUUUGUUGUUUUUAGGGGGUUUUAAAGAACUUUAUAGUAUUUAAGCUCUGCAUUCUGUUCAGACUUGCCCUGUUUUCUCUGCCGGUGGCGCUGGCAGCCGGUGAAUGAACUGCGGGCGGCGCUGGGCCCCGCCGGCCCAGGCGAGGGGGUGGCGGCCGGGGCUGUGUCGGUGAUCGGGGCUGUAUCGAUAACCGGGGCUGUGUCGGUGAUCGGGGCUGUAUCGGUAACCGGGGCUGUGUCGGUGAUCGGGGCUGUAUCGAUAAUCGGGGCUGUGUCGAUAAUCGGGGCUGUGUCGGUGAUCGGGGCUGUGUCGCUGAUCGGGGCUGUAUCGAUAAUCGGGGCUGUGUCGAUAAUCGGGGGCUGUAUCGAUAAUCGGGGCUGUGUCGCUGAUCGGGGCUGUAUCGAUAAUCGGGGCUGUGUCGCUGAUCGGGGCUGUAUCGAUAAUCGGGGCUGUGUCGAUAAUCGGGGGCUGUACCACUCUCCUGUUUGUAUCUGGCGCUCUGGAGGCGCUGGCCGCCGGUCAGUUCAGCCGCGCUCCGUGUCCCGGCUGCCCUCGCUGGGACCUUUGUCCUCUUCUGUUCCGCAUAAAAGCGGAGAGAGUCCCCGGGAGCCCGAGCGGGGUGAAAAUGUCUCCUGCGAGCCCCAUCGCGUCGCUUUGCGCCUUGUUUUGUUUUGUGGCGUUCCUCGUGUGCGGGGCAGAAGGACAGAGCAGUGCUGAGCCAGAAGUGACUACUGCGCUCGGACGGCUCAGAGGAACACAGACAAAUGUGAAGGGGACUGACAAGCUUGUAAAUGUUUUCCUUGGAAUUCCUUUUGCAAAAGCCCCUCUUGGAUCCUUGAGGUUUUCUCCACCUGAACCACCUGAACCCUGGACUGGUGUGAGAGAUGCAACCUCUUACCCACCGCUCUGUCCUCAAGAUUUGUCCCUGUUGAAAACAGCUGAAAAAAACUUUAAAGAAAAGCACAUUGCAUUCCAAACGUCUGAGGACUGUUUGUAUCUCAGUGUUUACAGCCCUGCUGGCUCAAGCAAGAAGGACAAGUUACCUGUAAUGGUGUGGAUCCAUGGAGGCAAUUUUAUAUUUGGUGGUGCUGCUCGGUAUGAUGGCUCUGCACUGUCAGCCUAUGAGAAUGUUGUGGUGGUAUUAAUUCAGUACAGACUGGGACUCCUUGGAUACUUCAACACUGGUGAUGAGCACGCCCGCGGGAACUGGGCGUACCUGGACCAAGUCGCUGCCCUUCGGUGGGUCCAAGGAAAUAUUGAGCACUUCGGUGGAGACCCGGCUUCUGUCACUCUCUUUGGGAUAUCUGCAGGAUCUUGCUCUGUUUUUGCACAUGUUUUAUCUCCUUUAUCUAAGGGUCUCUUUCAUAAAGCAAUAUCAGAGAGUGGAAUUAUAAUUCCCCCCAGUAAAGAUUUACGUCUUUCAACAGAUCUUGAGAAAAUUGCCAGUAUCUUCAAGUGUGAGACAAGCAGUUCCCUCUCCCUGCUGAACUGCUUGAGGAAGCAGAAAGCAGAGCACAUAAUCCUUAACAGCAAGGAAAUCUCAUUUCUACCCUUAGUUUUGGAUGGAGUGUUUCUUCAUAAGCCACCUGAGGAGAUAUUGGCUGGAAAAGAAUUCAAUGCAGUCCCGUUCAUGAUAGGAGUCACCAACAAUGAAUUUGGCUGGAAUAUUAGAUCGACAUCAAAAAUGAGAAGUUUGAGGGAAAUAGGAGAUAGGAAAUCAAUUGCCUCAACUGUAGAGGUUUUUCUACCAAUGAUUGAUGUACCCUCAGAUUUUCUGCCUAUGAUCUUAGAUGAAUAUCUGGGAGACACAGAGGACCCUGCAGAGCUACGGGACGGAUUCCUGGACCUGCUGGGGGACAUGGCAAUUGUCAUGCCAGCCAUUAAAGCACUGAAUUAUCACAGGGAGUCUGGAGCUCCUACCUACUUCUUCGAGUUCCAGCACCGGGCCAGUGCAUACUGGGACAGCAAACCCGACUAUGUGAAGGCUGACCACGGGGAUGAAGUUGGUUUUGUCUUUGGGGGGCCAUUUCUGGCUGGGGACAUCCAGCUCCGCAGUGAAGUUACAGAGGAAGAGAAGAACCUCAGCAGAACUCUAAUGAAGUACUGGGCUAACUUUGCUCGAAAUGGAAAUCCUAAUGGAGAGGGUCUGGUUGAAUGGCCAUCUUACAAUCUAAAUGAAGAAUACUUGCAGAUAAAUCUACAACAAAAGAAAGACAGAAAGUUGAAAGAAAAGAAGGUAGAAUUCUGGAAAAGAGUGAUCCUUGAAAAGACAAAUAACAAAAGCACACAAAACAAGAAGUUUAAAUUAGAGUUAUAGUUUACAGUCUAAACAUGCACAUAAUAUGCAAACUGUUAGGGUAUUAAAAAGAUUAAUUGAAGUAUAUUUGAGGAAAAAAUUGUGUUUCCCUCACCUUUUCUUCACAGUUCUCAUACCUGCAAUUAUUCACUGUAAUAAUUCCAGUUGAUGCUCACUUGUCAAAUACAGCUACCAAAUUUCCCCAAUGCUCAUGUUUUUCUCUCACUCCCCCAUGACUGAAGACAGAAUGUAGCAGCAACGUUGUUUUAAUAAAGGGAAAUCAAUGAAGAUCCAA